AUGUCCAAAAAAUCGAUUAUUAGAGAAUUAUACUUCUCUCCAAAUAAAUUAUGCUAUUUUUGAAAUUCUAUAAAUAUAAAAAUGGGCUGCAUGUCUUCAAAAGGAGUAAAGGGAGGUGAUAUUGAACCAGAGCAAAAAAUAACAAUUGAGUUAAAAAAAUCCCCUGAAGUGGUAUGUGAAUGAUUCAAUGGAGAUAAAGUUGAGACAAUAACGAUGUUUCAAGCCGAUAUGAAUCCUGAACAAAUAUAUAAUAUUUUUACUAUUAAAAACACUGAAGGAGAAUUAUGUUAUCUUGUCUCAUCAAAAUUUGAAGGGAAUACUGAAGAAAAAGGUACAAAUUAUUUGAUGACUGAUUUGAAAUGUUGCCAUAAGUAUGCAAAUAAUCAGAAGCCUAAUGAAAAUCCAAAGGAAUUAAAAUGUAAAUCACUGAAAGAAAAGACCCUAAUUGAAGUCACUAAGGCUCUUCCAAACAAAUGACCGGAUAAAAGUAGCAGAAGCUGUGCCGACGAGAUUUAUAAUAGUCUUAAUUAG